AUGGGAUGCGGACAGAGCAAGAUCCAUCUCUACCCGAGGAAAAACAAAAGUAAAUCGAACGGAAAGAAGAGCGGCCAUAUAGAGGACGCCGAAGCGGACGAAGAGGACGGACAGAAUGGCCGGAGUGACGACCGGGGCGACCGGGGCGACCUCAACGGCGAAAAGGAGAAGCUGGACGAGGAACAUUCGCUACGGGACGACGGUUCGCCGGAACCCCCGAAUGGGGAAAUCGUGUCAAUACUUCGCAAAAAUGGAUCCCUGCUCCAGAGCCAGGAAAUAUCCUCCAGCCAACAGAACUUCUUCCGAAUGCUGGAUCAGAAGAUCGAAGAGGGCCCAGAUUAUGACUCGAGCAGUGAGACGGAGCAAGCGCUGGAAGAGGCCCGCCUGAAUGCGCUGGUGCAGCACUGGGAGUCGGCCAGCUUGACCACGUCGAUGUGUUCUUCCACCAGUCGGUCCCUGCAGGGUACGCCGGUCCGACAGGUACCGCUCAGACAGCCUCCACUGAGGCCGCCGUUCCAGCAACCGCUCAGUGCCGAGCUGUUGUCCCAGCAGCAACUGCUGCUCAAGCAACAGCACCACCAUCUACACCAGCAGCAGCAGCACCAACAGCAGCAGCAUCUGCAGCAGCAGCAGCAGCUGAUCCAGCAUCAGCAGCAGCAGCUGCACAACCUCCAGCAGCAGCAGCAGCAGCAACACAGCCUGCAAACGGCACAAGGUUCACAGCAGUCACCGCAGCAGCAGCCCAUACUGCACCCGAACCUCAGCAUCGGCAUGAACAGCCCGAAGCGGAUAAUUGCCACGGGUAAUGCGGUCAGCGUUGGCGGAAUGCCGCUAGGGGGCGAUGGACCCACCCAGCGCCAGCUGCUGUCGCAAUCGAUCAUCCAUCAGAACUAUGGUGUGAUACAGCCGUCCCAGACGACGCCUCAGCUGCGUCCGAGCUCAGGUCGCACACUACCCUCGCCGGUUCAGUGUUUGCAAAUGUCCUACUACCAGCAGCAGCAGCAGCAGCAACAACAGCAACAAAGCCAACAACAGCAGCAAGCCCAAUCCCUUAGCCAACAAUUCCAACAGCAGCAAACGUUACCUCCACAUUCUGCGACGUCCUACUACAAUGACAUUCUGCGACAUCCGAUGCAGCUUCCACCAGUGACGCAGCUUCAGCUGCAACAGCAGCAACAGCAACAGAUGCAAUCCCAGGUCCAACCACCGCAGCCAAUGCCGGCGGGAAUCUCGAACGUUUCGUCCUCCGUGGCGGCCUCACUCGCGUCCGCUUCGGUGGCGGUCGCCUCCGCCAGCGGUACGAGCGGUGGGACGAGCGGUGCCGUCGGUGGCCCACUGUCCAUGUCCUCCACCGAGCCCCGCUUCCCACCCGCCAUCGCCGUGCAGCGCCUAGCGCCCCAGGUCCAGCGGCAGCUACGCGAAACCCAGGAGCUGAUAAAGGAUUCCUGCGUGCAGCUGUACGGUUCGGCGUACGGCACCGGGCCUGGCCCACCGACGACGGUACUGCCAACCGCGGCCGGUUCGGUUCUGGCACGAGCCACUGCCCGCCGGCCAACGCUCGAGACACAGUAUUCGCAGGAACUUUCGUGA